GUUUACAGGCAGUAUUUAUUAGCAGCAGUCUCCCCCUGCCGUCACUGCGUUACGGUCCGGCUGAGUGAACGGUAAAACGCGCUGCCGCUUCUGCUGGGAGGAGGCUUUACCGACAUUUCGUGUCUGACAGCCGGCUGGAGGCUUCUCUCCUGCAGGAGACGGUUUCGUCCCUCCACAAACCGAGCUCCGGGGUCGUUUUCCCAGCGAGAGGGGGAAGAAAUAAGGCUGCAGCCCGUCGGUUCGCCUUGCAGGGUUAAACAGGUAAGACCGAAACACCGGAGCCGUCCUCCCUCUGCUGCUAAUGCUGCUCGAUGACACGACUGACAGCUUCACUAGCUGUGAAAUGACUAGGUUAUUAAAUCUAUUGAAAUUCAGACGGGGAUUUGUACUGGCUCUGACUGGUGUGGGUCGUGCGGUUUCUCACACUGUUUAUCCCGCGCGUGACAGAUGUGAUGCCCUUUAAUCUGUGCUACAUCAACGGUAGUCAUGGUAACUGUCCUUUCCGAGUCCCGUAGAACCGGGACCAGGUUAGGCAACGCUACUGUACGUGGGACUUGGAACGUCAAACCAGAGCCCAUUUAAAUUUUAUCCAAUUAAGAGUUUUCUCGUCUAUCUCUGGGUCUACAUCAAACUCUGAAUAUCGCUGGAUGCUAGCCUUAAAUCUACAGUAGUAGAGUGUAUUUUCGGCUUUAAAAUAACUCAUGAAAAAUAUUUAUUUUAAAGGAAAUUGUGCUGAAACUGCUCACAAGCCUGCAGGCACAGCAAGUGAACGCCUUGCAGAAAUGCAUUACACAUGCAUAGAGAUACGUCCUUUCACAGAGAGACAUACAAUUGUCAUAACAGUAGGUGGGUGUAGUAUCGGCUCUGUGUGUAUUUGUGUGCAUGCGUGCGUGUGUGUGCAGCUGGAGGAGACAGUUCUGGGAAAUCGAUGUGUGUGACGCGCCUCGAUGGCGAGACGCAUGUGGCCGCUGUGUGAUGUUGGUCUCUUCUUUCUUCUCAACACUGUGUGUGUGUGUGUGUGUGUGUGUGUGUGUGUGUGUGUGUCCCUCACAGAAACACACACUUAGUGUUGGAUGUGCAGACGGUUUUGUUUUGCAGGAAUCUCAGACUGAGGCUCUCCUGCUCAGCCCUGCAUAUAUCUGAAGGUUUUAAAGCUCCAGUCGUUUUUCUUCAAACAUCACUUGUUUGUGUCUGACUGGAUUUCUGUGUUUGAUUAUUUGGUCAUUUAUUUUCUUCCAGAGGCCAGCUUUCUGUACAUCGUGACAGCCGUGCUCUCCUUGCAGAAGCUGCAGCUCUCUGUGUGUUGUUUGUAAGUGUGUCAGGUCUGCACACACAGGUGUUGUGUGUUAGAUAAGCUUUUCGAGGGAUGCUGUGUGUUGGCUGAGGUGAGAGGACAGAUGAGGAGCCGGUCUGUGAUGUAUUGGUGUUUAUGGUGCUUAAACUAAACUCUCUCUCCCUCCUCUCUGCUGCUCUGUAGUGUGAUUUACCUCCCUCUAUAACUCAGGACAGUUAAUGCAGCUCUGACAGCUGGCUCUGCUCGCUGCUCUGACUGCCAAGUGUUAAUCAAUGCUGCAGGUUUUUAUUCAUUUAUUAAAAGUUGCAUUUCUGCACGGCGGAUAAUAUCUGUAAGUGAUCCUGACUCUGCAGUUUUUGGUCCUCAGGGGAGCAGUCCACUCAGUGAUCUGUUUAAUGCUGCGCCGUUUGUUUGACAAGCUAAGAGGAUUUAAGAGUACAGCAGCUGUAAUCCUUUAUUAGGGCCUGCAUGGUGAUAUGGGAAAUAUGAUCACAAUUGUAAGUGUUUAAUAAAGACUGAACAGGAUACUGUGAUAAUGCAGCUGAUUCAAGAACAGACCUGACUGAGCUUGAAGACUCACAUGUGCUGAAGACUCCAUCACAGUUUCAGAGCUGUGUUUGGGUUUUUGUGGGAUUUUAAAGCAGAAAAAAGAGUUGAAGAAUAUCUGUGUACCUUCAGUUUUGACCAGAGUUAGAUCAUAUUUAUAUUUAUGUAAUCCACUGGGUCUGCUCUGGUCCUGAUUCUGAAAUGCAGGUUUGUGUUCUCUGUUAAGUAUACCAGAGUCAAGCUGUUGGAUUUAUGCAAAUAUCUGAUAUGCUGAUAUAUUGGCUGAUACCAAUAUCAGCCCUAAUUUAUAAACUCCUUUUUUAUUGUCAAAGUUUCUCUUGUAAGAAAUUGAUCUAUUUAGUCUGAUUAUUUAGAGCCGCGCAUAAAAGAAGACAAACAUAAACCAAACUGAUAUUUUCAUACAGUGUGUUUGUGUACCAGAGUAUCAGCUUUACAUCUUGGUGCACCAUCCUUCUCCUCUUCAUCACCGUGUUUAAAGUGUAAAUGAUCAUGUUUAGCUGCGUCUGUUUCUCUGUGUUUGAGCUCAUCCUGCACAGUUUUUCUUUGCAGAUUUGUUCUUCGGAAAAAAGAAAACUUUAUGCACAUUGGCACAGUUUUCCCUAAAUCCUGUUUUGGAAUGAUUCAAAGAUUUUAGGUCUGCACAGACACAUACGCUCUGUGAUUUGGCUCCUCGUGUUUAUCAUCCACAGAAAGCUUUACAGACUUUGGCUCUUCAGUGGAAAGUUUGAUGUCUUAGAUUUCUUUACAAAGAAGAUGAAAAAACUUCCAGACGUGACCUGGUAAUGUCCUCUAAAAACAUGAUGAUGUAGUGUUUACAGGUGCAGACCUUUAUAAUAGAUUUUCAUCUCAUAGAUUUCAACUUCUCGUGGUUCUGAAAGACUAAAUGUAAACCUCAGACUUUCUCCAAAGACUCUCUGAAUUCUGCCUCUUGCUUUUGCACAGGUGUUUCAGCACCUCAGGUGUUUUAAUCGGAGCCCCACUCGUGAUUUUGCAAAAGAGUAGUAUAUUCCAUAACUGUAACAACUGUCCUGCAGAUCGAAGCUUAUACUACAUAAAACUGUACUGUUUCACAGUCUGCAGCAUCAACUCCACAGUGUGAGCAGCGUUUGACCCGUAACCUGCUCAGCCUGUGGGUGGGUGAAGUGUCAGGACAGGACGCAGAGAACAGUUUGAUGUGGGAGUGGGCAGAAAAAUACUCUAAACUCUGUGUUUAUACUGAAGCUGUGAGUCCACGCUGUAACAUUCACACUUCAUCUUCAGCUGGAGGGUUAUUCUGUCAUGAUUCAGAGGUACACCCAGCAUUCAGCCAUCAGAGAUUUUAGUCCAAGCAAUAAUGAUGGUUCAUAGAUGUCACAGCACAGUCUAAAACCACACAGAAAACCCCGUCUGUUAAUGUUAGACAGCCUCUAAACUGAGUUAUAACUGAGCAGCGUAGAGCUGAAGAGUGCAGGUUAUUGAUGUUACUGUAAUAUUUCACUGCGGGUCAUUGAACCCUCAGUCUUUACUCUGUGAAGACAGGAGGACGCAGCGUUUAAUGGUCACUGACUCAAGUCCGAUAAAGGAGCUCUGCCUUCUUCUUGAGACUCCUCGCUACUCUGUUGCUGUUGAAUUUGUUGACUCUCAAACCUGAUCUUCAAGGCUUUGCCACUGAUUUUUACCGAUGCUCUCAUUGUAGAGUCCCUGCCUCCUCCUCCCACUGUAGUAACAUCACUCAAAUAUAAUGUAUUGCCUUUACUUGGGUGUGCAGUGCUGGAUAAUGAUCUUCAAUCAAUUUUUUUUCUUCUUAUCCAAAACGUCUCUGCUUGAUCCCUCUGCCAUAGUUAAGUUAAUGUAGCAAAGCCUCCAUGUCUUUUGACAAGCACUGCACAUGAAGCCAGUCCUCCACAAGCAGCACUUUGUUUUAUAUUCUUGCAGGUUGCACCAAACAGGAUGCAAUGUCAGCUUAUAUAUAGUAAUAUAUAAGCUGACAGUGAAGCUAAAGAAUGCAGCCGUAACAAAGCAGAGGGGGUCUUUGCUGCUGCUCCCCCUGCCUUUGCUUUUCAUGUACAAGGCAUAGAAGAAGAGGUGUGCUCUUCCCGCCGCAGGCUUUGGCAGUACAAUACUAAGUGAAAAUUGGCUUUUUAUCAUUUAUCAAUCACUUUGAACCAAAUAUUUUCAUUUCAUGACUUUAUUAAGAAAAUUAUUUUAUCACUCCAUUUAUUGCUCCUAACAGUGUUUCACUGUGAAAAGUUCCUCCUCCUUAAAAGCACUGUGUACACAAAUUUAGUGAUGAUAUUACAGCAGCUUAUCAUGAGUAUUUUUGCAUCAUAUUUUUAUUUCAUGAUUUUACUCCUCAACAUUUUAUCAUAUAUGUAUUUUUCCGUUGUUCAUAAAGACAUAAAUUUAAUGGCCAUAAGAAAAGCCAGGGAUGGGAGAGCAGCAGCAAAGACCGGGAGGUACAGGACAGUGCGGGAGCAGUGACAGUCCAUACAACACAGGGAAAAUCAGAUCAAGCAGGUCAUCUAAGAAGAUAAGAUAAAAAAAUUUCCUCGAUUCAGGUUGCAGCCACCAAUCUAGAGUACAGGUAUGAUUAAUUACUGCAGCCAACAAGUAUGCUCAUAAAACAGGAAGGUGGUGUGCUCUACCUGCCUCAGGCUCUGGUAAUCCACGUAUGCACGUGGAAGGACAGGGAUGACAGUGGUCCUAAGCAAAAUUAAAGCUGUUGGAAAUGUUGUUGCAUAUUCUAGGUCCCUGUUCUCAGAGAGAGGAACAGACCCAUUGAUAUAACAGGGAGGGUAAAAGAAGAGACAGACACAUCGCUUUCAUUCUGUUUGGAUCCACCCUGCCGCAGCAUCAGACCUGCGUCCAGCUUUGAUUUUAGUUAUUGUAAAAAAGAUGAAGUCCAUUUAUUAUGUGGAGCAGAGAUCCUCAUACUCCAGAUGCAAAAACGGUCAGGCUGGGAAAAUCCUCCAAAACUGCUUCAGGGGCCCAUUUAUGGAGAAGAAGUUCUGGUUCAGUUCAGGAUGAAAUUCCCUGACAGUGUGCCCACACUGUCACAGACCCACUCUGAGUGUAUUUACAGUGAAGCGCUCUGAAAACCCCGGAAGACCAAGAGGAAAAGGAGGAGAAGAAGAGGUAGAAAAAGAAAUAGAAGAUGAAGAAGGAGAAGGAGGAGGAGAAAAAGAGGAGGAGGACUGAGGCCUGAUGACAGCUCAGUUUGGUCUGUCAGACAGGUUUCUGAUCUAUUCUAGUCUUCUUUUCCUACACUGUACUCUUCCCGUCACUGAUGUGUGUGUGUGUGUGUGUUUAUGUCCUGUAAUCGUGGCGUGGUGUGAAACUUUAGAUGGCCAAACUGCAAAAUGGAAAAUUCCAGUGAUUCCUGGGCAGCCGGUGUGUCGGUCAGAGAGCCCAGAAACACCCCCCCACCCCCACCCACCCCUUUCAGUGUGUACUGUAAGUGUCAGAGUGUGUAUCCAAACACACACUACCUUAAUGCAGUGAAAACAACCUUUUCACCUCUCUGUGUUUGUGGAGUUUUGAUCAGAUGUGACUGAUCCCAGCCCGCUCUGAAUCUCUUAUGAACUCCUGAAAGGAUUCGGUCUUGAAAGGUUUUCUAAGUCCACAACUGAGGAUUCUCCACGUUAUUGUUAUUGUAGUCAUCAUAAGAAAAAAAAGGUGUAUUUGAUACGUGCAUGUAAUGACAGCCUACCUGUCUUAACAUGUCUGAAUGUUCUAAACUCCACAAAUGACUGUGGGGGUGUUUGAAAGUGGCAUAAACAGAUAGCAGACCCUGAACAUCUCCAUGUGGAAAAUGAUCAAAUCGUGAUCGUAAUCAAACGUUGUUUUCCUGUUUCUAAAAACUGACCAUUACAAUAAGAGAUGCAGGUUUUAAAUUUACUCUGAUCCUUAAGCAUGUCUCAGUUUUUGGUCGGACACUCGUUCACUUUCUUGAGCUCCUGAUGUCCACAGGCUCUCUCUGAUCUCAGUCUGUCCCUUAGCUUUUCAGACACACAGACGCACCGACCUGCCUCCUCCUCCUCCUCCUCCUCCUCUCCCAUAAUCAUUUGGUGCCAAAAUCAUUGUUGAAGUUGAAAUUAAUUGAUUGUUCAGCUCUAUGGUAUUGAUUUUGGUAUCAAUCAAAAUGAGUUUGGGGAUCAAAUCCCUCAGAAACACUGUUAAAUUUCUGAGAGCUGCCGGUCUCACAGAGCGAGUGGAUUUGAAAUUAAGUUUCUUUACAGUUUUAAACUGAAACUAUCAACUCAGUUUCCUGUUUUAUGUGACCUUGGUUUGAACCGUCCUCUGUCUCAUGAUUCAUACUAAGAUACUAGAGGAUUAUCAGAUCAUUGAUCAGGUCAAAAGCUCUAAUUGAUCUAGGUCCUAAUCUCUGAAACUGCAUCUAUAGGAUAGUGUUAGGAUAGAGUGGAUCCUUCUGGACCAGUUCUGUGUGUUGUUUUUAUUAUAACGUUAGCUCCUGUGUGCUGGUCUGAAUUAUUCAUGGAUGUGUUUUUGUCACCAGCUGCUGUGGGGUACUAAGAUGUAUAAAUCCAUCUGGUCUCUGCGCUAAUGAUCAUCAGGAUGGGCAGCAGUGUGUUCUUGUUUUUGUGUCCUCCUCUGUGUCUGGUCCACGCUGGUCAGAUUUCCACAUGAAGAGUCCUUCAUAUCAGCAUGAUGUCCUCCACGCUCUCCUCUGGAUGUCUCUGUCCAGGUUUUAUCCUGACAGACAUGUGACUCGAACCCGCCUCCAGUGAAACCAAUCCUCCUGUGAACUUCAGACGCGAAUUCCUUGGUCUAAUUUAAGGAGUGACACACUUUCUCCCCCCUCUGUCUCCCCCGCCCCUCCCCCCAGAGUCUUCCCCUGCUCUCCUCUCUUAUUUCCUGAUUUCCUCACCCUCUGGAGCUAACCCUCACCCCACUCCCUCCCCCUCUGUCUGGUUUGUAUUCAUAGAUUUCCCCUCAGCUCCUCGUUUACCCCAGAGAUCACCUGCAGAAAUGAAGUCACAGUGAAGAGGUCCAGGGUUUCACACCUAAGCUUGAUGUCCCCCUCUCCCAAAAACAGACUAUCUAAAUCAUUUUACAUUUACUUUACUUUACUCAUGUCUUCAAAUCAGAUCUUUACUUUGAUUCCUCAGGUAAAUUAGGCUCAUAUAAACUUAUUUUUUCACACAACAAGGGUCAAACUUCCAAACCAAGGUCAAAUGAAUGUUUCUUCAACUUGAAAUCGGUCAUUUUAGUUCAGUCAGGACCUCUUCAAACACAGACACUGAUUUAUUUUCAUGUAGUUAGUUAUAUUUGGAGGUAGGGCUCUGCUCUGAGACCACCCUGCUCUUACGCAUGUGUAUUGUUAAAGAGGAGCACACUUCUACAUUCAUGUACAUACAUGAAAAGCCGAGGAAGAGAGAGCAACAGCAAAGACCACCUAGGGUUCCCAAGCAACAAAAAAUUGCUUAAGACUGGUCUAUACAGGGAAGAGGAUUGGAUGUUAUUUGAUACAGCCUCUGUUAAAUCUGUUAACUCUGUUGAACUGAACAGACACUUAAAAUUGAGCAUUAGGGCUGGGCAAUAAACUAAAAAUUUACUAAUACCAAAAUGUAUAACAAUAACCGACGUCACUUUGCCAAGCUCGGUAUAUUCAGUGUCAAAAAAAUAGGUAAAUAAAAGUUGGUUUUGGAUGUGUGUAGGUAGGCUAUGGUCUCGUGUCCCUUUUAAGAUGCUGUCCUACGUCGGAGACAUGACUCCGCUUGUGGGGUAGUUAUCGACCAUUUAUCGUUAUCGAGGUGAACUGCUCAACAUAUUGUGAUGUUGAUUUUAGGUCAUAUCGCCCAGCCCUAUUGAGCAUUAUGAAAUACUGUGUGUGUGAGACCAGUCAAGGUUCAUCAGUCCUGCAGGUUUUCCUGUUCCCUGAACACAUCAGCUCAUCCUCAUCCUUCCCUCUCUCCUUUAUCCCUGUUCCUCUGUCGCCCCUCUGUCCCUCCUGUCUAUACCUCCUCUCUGCUGUUUUUUUCACACAGCUGUUACUUCUAUUAAUAAUGACUUUAUGACGUCAGUUAUCUGCUGUUAAAGAGAGUUUAUGAAGCUGGGAAUAUGUGCUUCAGACGGUUAGAAUAAACACAGAGGGAUGGGAAAUGGCUGGGAUAAUAAAUCAGAGCGCAGACUGACUCACUAACAUCUGUCUGUAUAGAUGUGAGGGUUUUAAAAACAGAGCACAGAGCAGACAGACUUCAUUAUUUAUCAUUAAAGGGGGACCCGUCAGAGACUGGCAUCAGACACAUUCAGUCCUCCUCUAAAACAGCAGCUCAAUUCAAGGCUGACUCCAGACCAACCUGGAUGUUGGUCUCUUUUUUUUUGCAUUUUGCAUUUAUUUAUGCCUAAAUAAUUUUAUUUUUUUAAUUUCCAUCCUUUACCUCUCAGCUUUUAUCCCUCCAUCCUUUCUUUGCUGUGUGGGGAGCAUCCUUUGUUUUUCUUUAUUUGAUUUGAGCAUUGAGUGUUAGCUCAGGAAGGCCAAGAAUUAGAGCUCUGACCACAGUACAUCAGCUGUAGGGGUAGGAAUAGUGGCCCCACGAUACAAUAUUAUCAUGAUACUUGGGCCACGAUAUGAUAUUACUACGAUUUUUUUUGCAGUACAGUAAGUAUUGCAGUACAAUAUAUUGCGAUUAAUACAAAUUUUUCAACUGUUUAGCUAAUUUAGCCUUUGGCUUUCCUUUAUGUUUGUUUUAUUUAUGCUGUAUUUUAUUUUCAUGUAGCACAUCUUGCAAACCUCUUAUAUUUGUUGUACUAACUUUCUCCUGCUCUAUGAUGUCACCUCUGCCAACCUCACUGGACAAACAAUUGAUUCUAUUUUUCCAUUAUCAUAGAUUUGACUUCAUAUUAGCAAUUAAUUUGAAUACUUAGUAAUUGAGACAAUACGAUAUAUCAUCAGACAAAAUAUCAUGAUACUAUGCUGUAUCGAUUUUUUCUCCCACCCCUAAUCAGCGGAUCCUAUCACCAGGCCUUAUCAGGUUACCAGCUGAGCUAGUUUACGGGUGCUAUAUGUAAAGUCCCUGAUGCUGCUGUGCUCUACAGCCCAGGGUCUUUGCUGCUGCUCUCCCUGCCUCACCAUCUCACACAUGCCCAUGAAACAGAGAGGAGGUGCGCUCCCACCACUUCAGGCUUUGGCAUUACAAAUACGCACAUGGAAAAACUCAGAGAAGACACACGACUGAAUAUAACUGACUGCAUGAAAAUGAUGUUUCUCCUUAUUAAAAAGGUCCGGACUGAAUUCAGAUGAGGUAAUAAUUAGGAUCAGGUUAUCUUGCUUUUGGUUUUUCUUUCAAAUAGCCAUUUAUUGUAAAAGUGGUACAGUCUGCUGAUUUAUUGAUAUAGUUGAUAGUCUUAGGGUGUUCUGAUAAAUGUUGUGUUCUGCUUUAUUUUGACAUGUAGAGACAGAUUUGUAGGAGGUGCAUGUUUGAGGCUACUUAUGCAGGCUUGUGCAUAAGUGCAGGGCUGCAGAGACCUUUAAUUUAUGAUACAGCGCAGAUUUAACAUAGAAGUGUAAAUCAGGCUCAGACAGACACAUCCCUGGAUCAAGACCAGGGUAAAGAGGGCGUCUGAGUCCAGAGUCUAGACCUGCUGCAGGACUCGGUCUGUUUUGAAACUGGAUCACUGGAUCAAGGGUUUAAAGCUGUACAGACUGAGCCGUAUGAGAAAGAUGUAUUCAGGACUUCAGAUACUCUGACUUUCUACCUUUAACUGUGAAGACAAACAGACGUAGAGGAGACCACAGAACCACCUCUUUCAGAGGGAUUUACUCACAUUAUCAACAUGAAACGGUUUCAUAAUCAGCCUCAGAGAAACAUGAGGCCUCUGACUGAGAAGUUAACAUGAUUUCUCUUUGACUUUUCAAAUUAAUACAAAACAAGGUAAAUUUUAGUAAUAUAUAUUUUUUACUACUUAAAGUGUUCUCAGUGGUCUUUAAAUUGUGAUUAUUAAGGUUUUAGCUGAAAUCGUGUUACCUGUGUCAUUUUCAAGGGCUUUUCUUCUGCAGAACUCCAGUAGAUCAUUAGCAAUUCGCCUCUGAGUCGUGGGCGGAGACAGCGCUGCUCUGCACCCUCCUCUUCACACUAGCAUUCAGCCUAACAUUGCCGGUGUAGUAGAGGUAGCUGGUAACAUAGGAGCUAUUCAGAUCUUGGACACUAAUGUCUUUAGGGAAAUGAUGAAAGUUAAUAUCAUAAUUAGCUUUCUUACGAGCAUUGCAAUCUGCAAAUGCACACACUUGUUCUGCUGUCAUCCUCUCUACUUCUCGGGAUCUGGCCUGCAGAAGGGGAUGCUGGGGGUGGAGCUUGAAAUUGUGAUGUAGAAAAUCUUACUGUGUCUGAAACUGCCAUUUGGAUCUAUGAGAGGAUCACAGGUUUGACUGUAGAAAUAUACAGCAAUGCAAUUUCGCAGCCAGUAUUCUCAUGACAAGUCCUGUAGCAUCAGAAAAAUCCCAUAUGGACAUAAAGACAACAAGAAAAACAUGAUUUUCAUUGGAGUGGGUCUUUAAACAUUAGACCACUGUCACUGAAGUCCAGUUUGGUCCUUUUCAGUUUUAAACACGCCUUAGAUUUCUACAGAAAUAACAACCAUCACUGCUAGCUCCAUCCUUCAGGUCCAUGCCUGUAAUCUGUGAGCUCUCUCUGCACAGAGGCAUGAGGCUGCAGACGUGUGGAUACUGGAGGACAUUCAUUUAUAUAAGACAACACGUAGGAGGCCUGUGUCUUACUCAGAAGAGCUUUAACAACAUUAACAACCUGUGUGUGUGUAUUUGUGUGUGUGUGUUUGAGGGACAGAGGAAGGUGACAUCACUAAAAUAGAUCCUCUAUAUCGCUAUACAGCCGAGGGUUCAAAAAUAAAACACACACACACACACACACACACACACACACACACACACACACACACACACACACACACACACAGCUGCCCCCUAUCCCUUACAGCACCUCCAAACUAAUCCUGUCACCAUGACAACCAUACAUCCCAUAACACAAACAGCAGCCUAAGCGUGGACAGGUGGGAGCGAACUGACUGUUGUUCAUUAAAAACAUGGAGAGGAGAAGGAUUAACAGCUCACAGAUUAAAUGUUAAAGAUGAUGAUGAUCAGAUUAAUUUCUGUUCACGAUGUUAGAGGUCUGGACGUUAGUCUGAGAAGUUCUGACCAAUCAGGUGUCAGCAGGAAAAUCAGUCUGUAUUGAGAGCAAAAGCAGGAGGAACACAGUCCUCCGUAAUGACCUCCACCUCUCAUGGUUGGUGAUCUGAGGAGGAUUUGUGUCUCUGCAUGAAGGUCAGCGAACAAUCUGUUCGAGAUCAAACAUUCACACUGAGACACUAAUCUGACUGAUGCUGAGUCACUGAAGACAAUCAGAGUUCAGAUUUACGGACUUUCCUGAAUGCAUCAGAAAUGAUAGAUCUGGCUUCCAUUCAAAAAAACAAACAUUUUCAAAGUAGGUUUCUUCUCCUCUUCAGGACAGACCCGACGAAGCUGGACUGUUAUUAAUCCAGCAAUCUACUGUCAUAGUGUUGUAAAAGUCAGAGCUAAUCAUGGAUUUAAUUCAGGGGCAACAAAAAGAGAAAAAACUGAAUGUACUACUCACCAGAAGCUGGAUGGUUUAACAGUUACUGGUAUUCAGCUGAAAUCCUGAUUAUUCACAUGAUGUUUAGGACACACUAGUCUUUAAACAGGAAUAAAAAGUCGAUCCAUAAAAACAAAGAUUGGAUCCAGCGUCCUGAAAGUGUGAUUUCCAUGACGUGUCAUUUCUACUACGAGGAGAGCCACGAGGUGAUCAGGGUGUCACAGUAAUCCAUCACACUGUGCGGUAUUUACUAGGCUUUUACUCUGAAGCCUUUUUAUAGUUCCCCCUCGUGACCGCACACCUGUCCCAGCCUUUGUUGCUGAGCUCUGAGGCUUUAAACACGUCUGAUCGCUUAAAGACCAAAAUGUUUCCUCCAUAGUAUAACAGAGGGAACUCAGAGAUGAAGAUCUUAGCUGGAGUUUCCACCAGGACACUCAGAGACUCUCUCACAUUAAGAUCCCAUUUUGGCUCCAACGAAAAGUGAUUGACUGUUUAAACUUUGGACCUGUUGAAGGACUUAAAUAUCAAAUAUGUCUGACUGCAGUAACCCUAACCUAACUGUAUUAAAUACUUGCUAGUGACUGGAAGAGCUGGGAGAUAAAACUAUAAUGAUAUCAAAAAUGAAAUUCCCUUGAUAUCAAUAUGAAACAUGGUCAAUAUCCUUUUUCGAUAGCCAGCAUUCUGCCAUGUUUUGGUAGACUAUACUAAUAGCCAAUUAAAAGGGGAGUUGCUCCGAGUCUGCCCCGCGCUGACACAAUCAUGUGCUGAAUUGGAACCAAGUAGCAAACAACUGCGUAGUAGCAGGCUGCAACCGCAUGCAACUAUAGCACGCAACAUAUGAAGCCAACAGCACUGUCGGUGUGAAAAAAAGAAAAUGAGUGCUACCCCCGUGAAAAAUGCAGAUGAAGGCUCAACCAAUGACGACAUCGUUGACUCGACUGGCACUCGACUGGCCUGUGCAGUUGAAACAACCGAUCAUUCAGUCCGCUUUCUCUAGCGCAACGCUUUACGACAAACAUUUAAGAUUGACAAGUGAUUUUUUUUAUAUCAUGAUAUUUAUGGAUAUUGUCUGACAUGAAAAAAAUAUAUUGUGUCAAACAUUUUCCCAUGUCGCCCAGCCUUAGGGAUUGGUCAAAAGCCCUCAACAACCCUUUCACAAUUCUGCAUAACAAGAGUGACAACAUGCAGCUCACGUUCAUCAUGUCAAAUCAGCCCACAGUAAAAAGUUCCAGCACAUUUGACUUCUUCUUGUUGACACUGUGGCAAAAACGUAAGCACUUUGUUAGCGUGCUAAACAACCUGAACAUUAGCCGUUGUGUGGUUUCUCUGUGCAAGGUCAGGUGAAGCAGCUGGACAUCCCUCUGAGACUGUUCAUGUGUGGAGUUGCACUACAGAGAAACCACUAUGAGAACUUUCUCAGAGUUUUUGGGCUCAUCUAAAAUAUGGCUAGUUUUCUGCAGUAGUGUAACUAUAGAGAGUGUUUAGUAACAGGAGCGGUGUAACAGUAUGAGCACUGGAGAUGAAAAUGCUAUUACACCAUCAAGUAAUCUGAUCUGUGAUCUGUAAACAGAGCCGCAGAUUGAAUUAAUCUCAGUCUUGGCUUUAGUUUUCUGUUUCUCCAGCUGUGUUCUAUGUGUUCAAACUGGGCCUUAGAUUCGUAUUAGAUACACACAGGUAUGUUUUAGUAGUAUACUCACCUGAGAAUGAGAACAGUCUGUGGCUUUGUGUGGAGCUCUUUUACAACCAGAGAGAGAGAGAAAGCAGAGGUUUCUACAGCAGCAGACGGACUAACAGGAAGCAUACUGCUGAGGAGUUUUUCACCAUUUUCAGGAUCAGAAGAGGAACUCCCUCCUCACUCUCUCAGAUAUUAGAAAGAAGAAAUGAGCUGCUCCGAAAUUCUUGACUGAAGUUUGUCUGUUUAGAGUCUUUUCUCUGACUUUAAUGCAGACUCUUGCCUCGAUCAAAACCCUGUGGAUCAGGUGUGAACAGAUUGGUUGAAGUUUCAUAGAUAAACUCUCAGUAAAUGUGCUCAGCCUGUAUCUCUGACACAGUUUAAUCUGCUCUGUUCAGCAGCUAGGCCUGUCAGGCUGCUGUUUGUCUGACUGUUGAAUAUUUAAUGAGUCUUUUCUGGGAAGCCACAGCCCGCCUACACGUACUCCAUCUACUGCACCGUCCACUUAUCACCUGAAACACACCUUCAUCCACCACACGUCCAAUUCCUGAAACAGCAUGUACAGAUGACACCAAGAGGUUAGACGUGUUUCACUGGAAGGACAGCUUUAAGAUUCCCACCCUGGCUUAAGUGUGAAGGUGUGCAGAGCAAGGAGGACUGAGGUUUUAGUCCUGGUGCACUUUCUUUUUUUAUUUACAUUUCUUUGGUGCACAGUGUCCCUGCUUUCGUUCUAAAAUAUCAGCUUUUUUCUGAUUUUUUCUUGUGUUUUUUGAGACGGAGGGAGAUGAAGGUGUAAAUAUUGUUUUGCUUCAUCUCCAUAUAUCAUGAUACCACUUUUGGUAUGAGGCCCGUCUUCAGGUCAAGAAGACAAACCCACUCACCUGCUUCACCUCAGCCCUGUGCGAGCUUCAUCACGGAUGCUCUGCACUGAAACAGACACACACUCAAGCACACAUACACACCUAAAGGUUUUUGUACUGUUCUCAAACAAACUCAGUGCCACUAUCCUAAUACAGUGAGAACUAUCCAUAAUGCACACAGCACAGAACCGGCUCUGUGAUCCAGCAGCAAAAAUAACAAAUACCCGCCUGUCUUUUUCAUGUUAACACAGGAUAUUUGUUAUUAUUGUGCUGCAUUCCGGUUGCCUCAGAAGUCGGAUGUCAGAGCUGGGAAUGACGUUACACCCGAAUUGACAGCGUUCCAGUAAACAAGUCGGAAAACCAAGAUGGACGCCUACAGUUAGCCAUUGUUAGCUGUUGUUUACAAUCAUCAGCUGUCGUUGGCCAUUGUCAGUUGUUGUUAGUUGUUGUUGUAAACAACGCAGUACUUAACUCUUACUAACACCAUAGCCCUGUGAGGUGUUCCUAGUCUGUAGGGGAGAGGAACAACCAGAAGAGGUUCAAGGAGGAAAAUUUAGGGAACUGGGAACAGGGUCAAGGACCACCAUGGCUCAUCAUGGUCUGAUCAAACAGAAAGGUCCUGAAGCUCAAACAACUGAAAAUCUGAAUGAAAAGAAAAAGAGUCUGAACACCCAGAUCAAUGUGUAGAUCAGUCCAUGAGGGGACAGAUCUCUGCUUCAGGUGGGUCUUUAAAGGUGCUUUUUAACCACAAACAAGAGAAAUGUGGGGCCUUAAAGGGAUCUGAUCCAUGGAUCACAACAACAGUUUGGGUUUUAGUCAUCCGCCUGUCUGCACAGAUCUUUGAAUCACAGUGACACGUCCAGACUUCCUCUGUCCCCUCAUCUGAUUCCUCUCAGUCUGUUCUCCAUCACUCUAAUCACAUUACUCACUCUCUCUUUCCCUCUCUCUCUCUCUCUCUCCCUCUCAGAUCCGACCCUGCCCUCGCUGACUGAUCAGAGAGGAAAUCACGACCACACAGACCGUCUCUGCCUCCACCAUGCAGACCUCCAUCCUCCUCCUCCUCCUCUCCCUGUUCCUCCUCCUAUCUCUCCUCCUCCCCUCCUGCGCCUCUCAGAGUGAGUCAGACCUCACUGUUAUGACUCGUAAUGGCCGAGUCCGUGGCAUCCCCCAGCAGGUGCCAGACCACGGCCAAGUCACAGCCUUCCUGGGCAUCCCCUUCGCCGAGCCUCCGAUGGGAAAGAGGCGUUUCCGCCCUGCAGAGCCCAAGCGUCAGUGGUCGGGGGUGUACGAGGCAAUGGAGUACCCAAACGCCUGCUUCCAGUUUGUGGACACGUCGUUUCCUGAUUUCCAUGGCAGCGAGAUGUGGAACCCCAACAGACAGAUGAGUGAGGACUGCCUGUACCUGAACGUGUGGGUGCCCUCCUCCCCCAGGCCGCACAACCUCACCGUCAUGGUGUGGAUCUACGGUGGAGGUACUCGCUCAUGACUGAUUCAGAGUAUAGAUAGGUUAGACCUGAGUCAGUGUUCCUGUCAGGCCAGCUGGGAUCAUAAACAACACACAGAGAUGUGUAAUGGAAGGCUAUGGUAGCAGAACAGAGUCUUUCUGUUGUUUUGGAAUCCACACAUUUUGGCGUCUAACUGACUAACAGAGGAAAAGAGUUUUAAUAAAGUCCAGAUUUCUUCCUCCUGCAGCAGGUCAGCUGUCUGUAAUGUCUGUACCAUAAUCUCUGGUGGAUUCAAGUGUGUCAAGUUCUUGCUUUGGUUGGGUGACCAUACGUCCUCUUUUACCCGGACAUGGGGACUUUUUUGGGGACUAUCCAGCCAUGUCCAGCUUUGUCGGGGGGAUAUAUAAAAUCCUUCAAAUGUCCAGGGUUUUGUAUGGAAGUUUUGAGUUUGUGUCACUUGGUCUUACUGAGUUAGAAGUGUGUUAAAAACACUCAAUCCGACCCGAAAAACUCUUCAAAUUUACUACGCACAACUCAGUGACUCCACCCCCACGUAGUCGUGUCCUGUUUUGGGGGAUUCAGAGUAUGGUCACCCUAGUUAUGGUCCCUGAUAGGCUCGGUUGGUUCUUCUUUUUUAUCACCUAAACUGGAGUUUUAACAACCUUGCUUUUAAAUGCUUUUAAAAAGCCCUGAAAACUGGCAGGUACAUCAGUCCUGGUGAGACUUUGAUAUUUUCAGGGUUUCAGACACGAACAUGAAAAAUUGACCAAAUGGAGCCACAUAGAACUUUUUCAACAGUUCAGCUUAGAUUUAUUUAUUUUAUUAGAACAAUGCACAUUAAUUGACAUGUCAGCAAACGCAUCAAUGUAAACAUGCCGGAGUUAGCAUAAAUGCUCAUUUUAAUCCUUUGUCCUUUUGCAGAUGUUUAAAAACUUAGAAACAAUACAUUAUAGUUGCACAAUAAACUAUAACAGAUAGUUAAAAAUGCAAGAUCUUACAUACAGGGUUAGUUCCAAUUCACAAAGAAAAGAUAAGAAGGUUACUCAUGAGAGCAGGUCUGAUUUAUUAUUAACCGCUGCUUAAGGGUUAAUAGCCCUUAAGCAGUGGUUUAGCAGUUCAGCUUCAUAAGGCAGUUUUAACCAGAGAGACAAUAUUUGGUGCCUGUAUUCAACUUUUCAAGACUCGAGAGAAGUCUGUUCUUCAGCAGUGUAAGAUUGAAGUCAGGAACUAGUGUCAGUAUGGACCAGGUUUCGACUUACAUGUAGCUGGUAUAAGACCUUCUAUCUUCUGUGGUGGAUUUGAAGUUCUCCAUGACCUCCCCUAGGUUUUUACAGCGGCUCUUCUUCUCUGGACGUGUAUGAUGGUCGGUACCUCGCUCACAGUGAGACUGUCAUCGUGGUUUCCAUGAACUAUCGGAUUGGAGCGUUCGGCUUCCUGGCCCUCCAUGGCUCCUCUGAGGCUCCUGGAAAUGUGGGUCUGCUGGACCAGAGGAUGGCGCUGCAGUGGGUCCAGGACAACAUCCACUUCUUUGGAGGAAAUCCCAAACAGGUCGGUGUCUGAUCCAAUCGUUCAUUUUGUUUGUGUGUGAGAUCAUCUAAACCUGACCUUUAACCUCUUCUGGAUCAGGUGACGAUCUUUGGUGAGAGUGCAGGUGGGGCUUCAGUCGGAUACCACCUUUUGUCUCCAGACAGCAGGCCCACCUUCACCAGAGCCAUCCUGCAGAGCGGGGUCCCUAACUGUCCCUGGGCCUCUGUCAGCCCCGCAGAGGCUCGCCGACGGGCCACACUGCUGGGAAAACUGGUCGGCUGCAACGGGGGCAACGACACCGAGCUGGUGGACUGUCUGAGGAGCAAAACCCCCCAGGAGCUCAUCGACCAGGAGUGGCAGGUAACGCCGAGUGAACGAUGGACCACUCUGCAGGGUACAGAUCCUUUAUACUAUCAGAACCAUUGGUCCACAGGGCCUCGUACCUUUACAGGUGUCACCUCUGCAGAGGUUUUGAAUCAACUGAACCUCUGAGUUGAAGUUCAACUCUGCGGACCUCUGAUUAGUCAGAUAAGCUCAUUUGUUCUCUGUCGCCCCGCUCUGAUAGGUCCUGCCGUGGUCAGCCCUCUUCAGGUUCUCCUUCGUCCCUAUGGUGGAUGGCGAGGUUCUCCCCGACACUCCCGAGGCCAUGCUGAACUCAGGGAACUUUAAAGACACUCAGGUGCUGCUGGGAGUCAACCAGGACGAAGGAUCCUACUUCCUGUUGUAUGGAGCGCCGGGCUUCAGCAAGGACAACGAAAGCCUCAUCUCCAGGGAGGAUUUCCUAGAAGGUGAGGGAGGAACAGAGACAGACACAAAAAAUGAUGUUCUAGGAAAUCUAAUAAAAGAGACAAAGAGGAACCAAAGUUAUUCAAAUAAAAAAAAAGUUUGAAUGAGAACCUGAACCUGGGUUCUGAAAGGUUUCCUGUUCAUCCCCUUCUUCUCCUCCAGGGGUGAAGCUGAGCGUCCCCCAUGCUAACGACAUCGGUCAGGAGGCCGUGGUGCUGCAGUACACCGACUGGAUGGACGAGAAUAAUGGGCAGAAGAACCGUGAUGCUAUGGACGACAUCGUAGGAGACCACAACGUCAUCUGCCCGCUGGCUCACUUUGCUCGCUCAUACGCCCAGUUCAACGCCCUGAAGGCCAAUGGUGGGGCGAUUAACAGUGGAGGAAACUCUCAGGGUGAGAUAUGGCAGGGUUAUUAGACUUUCACCCUUGUAUUGAGAGGCUGGCUUUGGGUACAGAGAGUUAAAGUGGGAAAUAGGGGGUGAACUGAAUUGACCACCAGAUCAAAAAUACUGAAAUAUCCCUUUAGAGAAUUUAACCACUCAACAAACCUCUUAGUUUUGCAGAGGGUUAAGGUUAACCCUGAAGAUCCAAAAUUAUCCCUGUCUUCCUCUAGGAAGCGUCUUCCUCUACCUGUUCGACCACCGCGCGUCUAACCUGGCCUGGCCUGAGUGGAUGGGGGUGAUCCACGGCUACGAGAUCGAGUUUGUGUUCGGCCUGCCGCUGGAGAAGAGACUGAACUACACUCUGGAGGAGGAGAAGCUGAGCCGACGCAUGAUGAGAUACUGGGCCAACUUCGCUCGUACUGGGUGAGGAACCGCAGCAAACGCUCAGGAUUUAUCCGAGCACUGACUCUGUCCUGCAGACUCCAACUUCUCUGUGAUAGAUGAGCUCAGUCUCUGCAGCUCAGAGGGAAUAAUUAAAGCUUUAAUCAAAUGAUCUGUGUGCAGGGUUUCAGUCUGUUUCUGCAGUCUCAGCUCAGCAGUGAGUAAUGACUCUGCUGCAGAAACAGAGCGCUGAUCUCAGACUUACAAACACAGACUGACCUGAUUUCUGUCUGAGGAGCUAACGCACUGUUUCAGAUCAGAUUUAUAAACUUCUACAGAAACAGUGUGCUGCUGUAGGAAUCUGACCUGGAAAAUGCAAACCCGACAUGUCUGCAUUCACACCUCAUUAUGUUUACGCUGGUGUUUGCAGCUUAUGAGAUACUAUACUAACUUUGCUCAUGGUUUCUGAUCUAACAUUGAAGUUUUUUAUACGAGAUGGUCAUAUUUUGCUCUGAACAGAGAACCCAUAGAGGUUAACAAUUGGAACUGAGGAUGAAUGAAAUCAGAGAUAUCACCUAGUGCUGAUGUUCUCCGGGUGCAGAGUUGUUGAUCAGGCUGAUUUUGUUUUAGCUGAGAUGACACUGAGACUACGUUUACACACGCUUGGCUUUUUUCAUAAUCGGACAUUUCACCCUCUCUGUUUACAAAAACUGCGUGCACACCACUACGUUUUCAGAAAAGUCUUCGUUUACACAAACCCGUGUAUAUAUGCUGUCAAGAGCAUGCCAAACCUGUAGGGGGCAAUGUAGUGAGAAGCUCAAGCCCACGGUAGCCAAUCAGAAUCCUGCAUAGCAGCAAUGACAACAAUGUGGCUUCCUUCUUUCCUGCGCAGUGCGCAUAAUCUGCCGUCGACCUGAUUUUUUUUCUGUUUACGUGCAAACGAAGUUUUACAAAAUCUCCACUCUGGCCAGAGUUUUUAAAAAGCACAGUUUUUAGGGGCAAAUUAUCCAUUUGCGUCUAAACGAAGGGUGCAAACCCACUGAGCAUUUUUUGGUCUAAAAGAGGUCUAAUAGAUGUCUAAAUGUAGCCUAGACGACUGGUCUAAAAUCAGGCUACCACAGGUCUAAAAAGGAAAUUUCUAAGACGAGUUAACUGAGGUCUAACUGUAUAUUGCUCAACAGCUAUCAUAAUUAUUUUGGUUAAGUACUUGGAGAUCAGUUAUGUAACUCACAGUUGCUGUUUGAAAUAAAUAGUUAUUGUAUCAUGGGUUAAAGUGCAACAUUUAAAUUCUGUCUAAAAAUAUACGGAAUCUAGACGGUUGAAAUUAGGUCUAAAAAAAAAUUAGACGUCUUACAGCUGUCUGUUGCUCAGUGGGAACGAUGGGUAAUGUCUCUGUUUUUAAAAAUAACCGGGUACGUAUAAACGGGGCAUUUAGCUGCAAACUUCUGCACAUUGCAAACGAGAUGAACAGCUAUGAUUAACAAAGCAGGCGCAAAGAAGUAAAUGCACCACAGACUGAGCUGCAGAGCAAAGAGGAUCCCUGCUCCAGUGCUGUUUUCAUGCAUUUGAAUGAGCCAUUAGCUGUAGGCAUAUAUUCAUUAUGAUGCAGUAAUGUCUCAUAUCACUUAGCGUGCAAUAACAUUUUAUGUGCAAUUAUGCUCAUAGUGCAAUAACUCUUAGUACGCAACAGCAUUCCAGGAAGGUGCAAUAACACAGAAGGUCUCACUAUCCUGUAGACUGCACUGAAUGCUCUCCCUAUCCUCAAACUGCAUACACCGGCUUUUGAGGUGAUGUGAAUUAAUGUGUAUGUGACUGCAUUCACACACAUUCACACGUGGUACAACCAAGUCCUUUCUAUCCGUUUGCUUAGAGUGAAAUGAUUUCUCCUUUUACAUAAAUGAGUCUCAAAACAAAAACUCCUGUUCACAUACAGUUGAUGUGAACCAGCUGUUCCCCUCUUGUUUGUAAUCAGUCAUUAAAGACGUGUUGCAUCUUACUUGCAUUUGUGUUGGAACUUUGUGAACUGUUCCUUUAAUCAGAGGAGUAUGAUAUUCGGUGUAAUCCAUUCUUCAUGAACAGAUGCAGAGAUGAUGUUUAAACCAGCUGUUAUUCCAUGUUGUAGGGCUGGGCGAUAUGGCCUCAAAUCAAUAUCACGUUUUAUUGAGCAGUUCACCUCGAUAAUGAUAAAUGGACGAUAACUACUCCACAAGCUGCUCACCCCCUCCCAUAUUAUCUUCAUCUACUUCAGCCGCCGCAACUUUUGAACCGUCCUUUAUUUAUUUAUUUAUUUGACCCUGAAUAUACCGAAAUGAAAAAAUGACAUUGGUUAUUGUCGUAAAUUUUCGGUUUAUCGCCCAGCCCUACCAUGUCCUAUCUCUAAUGAUCCUUCUUCUCCUUCUUCUGACCUUCUCAUCUUUACGUCCUCCUCAGGAACCCCAAUGUGAAUCACGACGGUAUGGUGGAGAGCAAGAGGCGCUGGCCUGUGUUCACUCUGAGCGAGCAGAAACACGUGGGUCUGAACACUGACCCUCUGAAGAUCCACAGAGGACUGAGGAACCAGAUGUGUGCUUUCUGGAACCGCUUCCUGCCCCGCCUCCUCAACAUCACCGGUAAACACGGCUUCACCAUAAACCAUCUGUGGUUAGUGCAGGACCAGGAACCUCAGCUAGGAUUUGGAUCAAAACUCAAACUCUGCAAAAUGAGCACAAAUGACUUGAGACCAGAAGGAGAAAUAAAAAAGGGAGAAGUCAGAAAACACCAUGUCAAGGCCGGUCCGUCAGAGAUAUGAAAGCCAAAGGGUCCAAUCAGACACCUCAUUACAGCCCCAGUGUCGUAGAUAUUUUCCACAUCAUCAUCUUUGCACCCAGGGCCUACACUGAGUAAAUAGUGACUUAUCUUCACUCAUGUUUGGGGUUGUUUGUGUGUUGGUCUUAAAAUGAGGUGUGGUCUAUCUAAAAAGAAAGUGGACCAACAGAAACCUGGUCUUAUGUCAGUAGUGUCUUUCUUCCCUCAUGUUUAGAGGCAUCUCCUGAAGUUUUGAGGAGUUAGAAAAGUAGAAAGUCUGAACAGAGAGGCGAGCAGACACUGACUGGUUUGAUUCACGUCCUGCUCAAAACACACCUUUGAGGCACACCCUGAUUCCGUCUGCACCAUGCAUGCUAGACUGUGCAUCAUUAACUCAGAUCCUCCAGAGUCUAACCUCUAACCCCUGCCCCCUCUCUCUGUGUCCAAUCAGAUAACAUAGACGAGGCGGAGCGUCAGUGGAAGGUGGAGUUUCACCGCUGGUCCUCCUACAUGAUGCACUGGAAGAGCCAGUUCGAUCACUACAGCAAGCAGGAGCGCUGCACCGACCUCUGAGCCCCCCCCACCCUGCAGAGGGAGAGAGAGCACCGAGGGAGGGGGCCGGCAGAGAGAGAAAGAGAAAGCGAGAUGGUCACUUCCCUCCGUAACCCCGCCCCCUGCCCCUCCCCUCAGUGAAGUCUGAUUUCCUGUAUAGUCCGUGUUUGAGCUCCUACAGGCUGCUGACGUGUAUUUAUUUUUAUUUAUUUAUUUAUUCAGACGUCUCUGUGUGACUGUCCGGGCUAUGGAGGGAACUGAAACCAGAAAGCUCAAAGAUCUGUCAUUACCUCGGGUGUGUGUGUAACAGUGUGUGUAACAGUGUGUGUGUGUGUGCGUGCGUGCGUAUGUGUGUUUGCCUGGACGGGCUCUUGCUGGUUUCCUGUGGAUCUCAUAAACUCAUCCUCAAUUCCUUCUUUUCAACAUAUCAGGGUUUCUGUUUCUGUCUCACCUUUCCGUCCGUUUGCUUCUUUAUUUUGACCUCUAUUCCACUGACCUGUGCUGCUCUGCGUUACUUCGUCCCGUGUGUGUCUGUGUGUCUCAGUCUGUGUGUCUCAGUCCGGCUGUCUCGGUCUGGGUCUUUGGGUAAAGCCAUAAGCUGCUCAUCUCCCUGUGAACAGGCUGCACAGGGAGUCGAAACCAGUUUGACAUCAGCUGUCAGAGAGGAUGCAUUUAUUUCAGAAGAAUAUCUAAUACAGUGUUAGUUCAGGCAGGCUUCAAAGUCAAGCUCCACCCACAACCCAUCAGCUGUACUCAUGUCAAACAAAAUGGUCCUUCUAGUCAUCUUUCUCUUUCUGCUUCCUCUGCAAACAACUUAACUACCCUCCUCACCCCAGCUCCUCCUUUUGAUGCUGUGUCUGAUUAUAGCUGUCUUUGCUGAUGCUCUCCCUGCCUCGGGCUUUGGUGCUCCUCGUACACAUGGAAAUGCAGGGAAGUCUCAGAGCAGAGCCAAACCACUAAAUAUAACUUAUUGUAUGAAAAAAUAACCCUGUUUGACUAAAGCGGUCCUGACUCAAAUCAAAUCUGGUUUAUAGAUGGAUGACAUUUUGCUUUGUGUGAACCAGAGGAGAGGUGUGCUCUGCCCACCCUUCGGAUUUGGCAUAUCCACAGGCACAGGUAGAAGGCAGGGAGUUAUAAAACCAAAGCCAUAUCACUGAGUAAAACCUACUACAUUGACUGAAGAGCAUCCUACCAUCACUGUAGACCAGUUAGUAUGUUAACAACCACAUUAUUCUGUUCUGAGUCCAUGAAAACCUCUGAACUGAGGAAGAAACACGGCUCUGCUGCAGUUUAAAUAUAUCUCAUUUUUUCCUGCAUUUGAACAAAGAAAGACUCCAGAAGUGUUUCUGUUCAUUUAUUCAGUCUCAACCAAGAGAACCAAAGCUGUAAUUCUGCGUCAGGCCUAUGGAGGGCGCUGUACUUCAUCAGGGGCAGAGUUGUCCUCUACCACUGACUCCAACUACAGUUUCAUAUUUAAAAGCAUGAAUUAUCAUAAUAAUCUCCAGUUCACAGGAGGAUGUAUUUAUCUUUGUUAAUUAUUAUCUGUCUCCUUUUUAGUUCAUGCUGAGAUAAAUUACCUUCUCACACAUGUUGUUAUUCUUUUAUAAAGAUUUUAAAAAGAUUAUAAAACUUAGAACAAGUAAUUAAGUCUGGAAACAGAGUUUUAGAAAAUAUUAAAGUAUAUCUGUGACGAUAAAUAAAUGAAUCUGAGUCUAAGAGAGAUUAUGAAUAUCUGAUGUUAGAAACGAUGAGACAUUUUAGUUUACUGAAAAAUGAUUUAAAAAAAAAAAGAAUUUAUCUGAUAUUUCAGUUUGGAAAAAGUCCUGACAAUUUAGAUGAGCUGUUCUCGAUUGAGGUAAAGGAGUUUAUAUCAGACAGACUUUGCUAUUUAAACGUCCUCAGAAACAUAAACAGGAGACAGACAGUGAACAUGUGAGAAUGAGGCAAACAGAUGAAAUAUUCAGAUGCAGAUUGAUUGAAGAUUACAUGAAUAAAUUUAAUAUUUCAGAUUACUGUGUUAUUCAUAUUUAAUUUAAACAGUAAAUAAGGGUGUGUGUGUGUGUGUGUGUGUGUGUGUGUGUGUGUGUGUGCGCGCGCUUGAAUGUGUCUAUGUGUGUGUCCACUCAGUGUCACACACAGCUGUCCUUCAUCCUUCAUCACUCCUCCUUUUUCAACCUCUCCUCUUUCCAUUUUUCUUUCCUUUCCUUCAUCCCCUCUCCUUUGCCACCUCUAUCCUCCUCUUUCUCCCCUCCAUCCCCUCUCUCUCUCUCCUCUCCUCACCCUCCUCUUCAAUCUUCCUCUCCACUCCGCCUGUCAUCUCCAUCUUCAUCUCUAAUCAGCCUCCACCCACCCUCCUGUCCUUCACCCUCUUCCUCGUAUCCUCCUCUCCUUCCACCUCAUCUAACUUUUCUCCCCUUCAUCAUCUCUCCUUCCUCUCCCUCCCCCCUUGUCCUCGCCCUCUCUCUCUGCCCUCCUCCUCCUCCUCCUCUCCUGCGUUCUCGUUAGUCUAAUGGAGGAAGAGUAAUUCACUCAGUGCGAGGUAAAGUGACAGAGCGCUGGCUCAGCCGACAGGACGUGAAGGAUGGAGGGAUGGAAAAUGGAGGAGAGGCGAGGCGAGGAAGGGGGAGGAGAGGUGGAGAUGUGAUGGAAAGAUGAAAAGACGGGUGGAGGAAUAGAAGGUUACAUAACUAAGAGAAUAAAAGUGAAGCUGCAGCUCAGAAACAGACCUGAUGAAGAGGACUCAGGGUCACAGUCUGAUUAUUAAUGAUUUUUGUCCUUAUUUGCAGUUUCUGAAAUAAAUGCUCUCAAAAUUAAAUUACAAAUGUUAGAUGAAUACUAAAACCUGCUGGGGUCUGUUUUUACCACAAAGUAAAAUAAGAUUUCCCAAACUCAGAAACUGAGACGCCGUCACACACCAAAACUGGACUUUUUUCUCCGUGAACCACCUCUCUGUUUGUUUCUAUAUAAGCUCUGAAAACGUAAACAUUUUUAUUCAAAUACUGACUGAAGAGUUCAGAAAAAGACUUUGUGUCAGCUGCAUGUGAAGCCUCUGGAGGUGCAUGUGUGUCCUGUGCAGACAUAAGAACCAGAUGUUCUGAUCCAAAACCGGAUCCUUCUGUCUUAGUGUGUCGCUCAUUGUAAGUGUUUACUGUUAAAAACAUAAAGUCUGUUUUUCAGAUGAAGGUCAUGAAUAUUCAUGUCUCAUCACUGCUCACGUCAGCGGUAGGAUCACAGACAAACAGCUGUGAGGGUCAAAUUUUAGUUUUAAUGUGACAAUCAGACGACAAAUUAAAGAUUCAAACUUGAAAUUUAUUCAUCUGAGCUUUAAUCAGGUCUCAGUCCAAUGUACCUCCUGAUGAUAAAUGAGAUAUUAUAAAGAAACAGACCUGCUAUUUUCCACAUUUAUGUGUGCUGAGGUUUUUUAUUUCAGGGAUUUAUCACCUGAUUUAAAAAGCUUCAUAUUAAAUAAACACCCAUAAAUCUAAUAUGAAAUAUUCAGAGUCUCAGUUUUUAGGUCUAAAUUUAAAGAUCUUUCAAUAUUGAAGGUCCUUUGUUUCCCGACAUGUCCAAAAAUCUAUUAUCUGAAUAUAUAAAUAAAUAUAAACAUUUUUAUAUUCAGAUAUGAAACACUUGAGGAGACAAUGGCCAUCCAGCUGAUGUUGAAGCAGAGACAGACUUAUGAAUGUUCAGACAGUAAAAGGUCAUGAUGUUAAUCAGCUGUUAGAGAUCUGAGUACUCAAAGAGCUCAGGUGUUCCUGUACCUGAGGGUGGGUUCUCUGUAUCUUCUGGACUUUUUUGGGUCUUUUUCUAAACCAGGACUUUCUGGGUGGACUUUCUUUCUCACUCUGUUGUCUGUUCUCUGUUUUUACCACCUUCAAACCACUGUACCUGUGUGUGUAUGUAUGUGUGUGAGUGUGUGUGCGUGUGCGUGUGUGCGAGAAAAAGAUGUACCUGUGGGGUGAGGUGAAUCCUGCGCUGUGAUUGGCUGAAGCGUCUCCUAUGGGCCUGCUGUAGUUUAAUCGAUGAAACAGGGAUGAAGGAUCAUACCUGACGUCUCAAACACCUGUGCAGAGUGCUGUAUGAGUGUCCGUGUGAGUGACAGCUCCUUUCAUCCAAUGGGAGACCUCGGCCCCCCCCUUGCUUAAGCCCCUCCCCCUCCUAUCAGCCCCCCUGCAUGUCCUGAAGUGUAUCCUGCCAAACUUGGACUGUUAUUUUCUGUAAAGUUUGUACUUUGGAACAAAUAUUAUUGAAGUGAGUGAUGUGAACCUCUCUCCUGUUAGUGUCAUGUUAGCAAUAACGUCAGUAAAGAAUAUAUUUGAUAUUUAAAUGCUGUGGUGAUAAAACAAUGAUGACGGAUAGAGGCUGUGUUUUCAAAGCAAUAUAUUAAUCUGAGUGCCAUAAAUCUGUUUCCUCUUCUUCUGUUGGUUUGAUGAGUUCGUCCUCUUCCUCAUCGUUGUCUCUUCACUCACUCGUCCUCUUCGUGUUCAGCUUCUGUAGCUUCACUGCGUCUCUGUGUAUCAUGAAUGCUGACUUGGUUAAGCUCUAGCAACAGAAAUAAAGACACCUGCUGCUUCUGUCUGUCCAAACUGCGC